AUGCUUGCUUUGGCUGUCAUGAGCCCUUUAAGGUUCUCUGUGAUGGAACUUUUGUGUAUCACUUCCGCCGAUACUGCCCUAUCCAAAACUCUUGGUGCUACAGUCAAGAUCUUUACUAUCAGCCUUGGCGAAUCCUAUUCUGAAUAUCUUAAUGCAGCUUGUAACCUUAUAACUGCAAGAUGUGACCAUGAGAAGCCAACGAGAAGAAAUUCUAGGAGGAUUCGUGCAUGA